GUGCAGUUCGGCUCAGUUCGUAGGCGAGCGAGAUCGCGGAGCUCCGUUACGUCGGGCGUGAGGCGAAGUCCUCUUCGUUCACGGGACUAUCUUUCGCGUCGAGAAACCGCCUGCACACCGACGUCCGCCCCGUCGCCACGGUGAUCGCGAUCGUGAGCAGUGGUGAACCGACGUCCGCGCGAGAGAGCCCGCACCUGGGGAGAGACGCCUCUGUGAAAUCAUGGAAAAAGUGUGAGAGUGCGUGAAAUCGGCUAACGUGCGAGGAGGAGAGCGUUACGGAUACACACACGUUCCAGACGAUGAGGAUGGUGUGCAAGUGCGCCAGCUGCAUUUCUUCCUCCUAAAAAAUCUCGUUGGCGACGUCGAUCGGCGUGAGAACGACGAGCGACGUCCGAUGAAGCAUCCGCGGGAUCACGAAGCCGCCGUCCGCCACGUCGCACUCGCUCCUAAGACGUUCCUCUUCCGGGGAGGAAUACCCGGUGGCGGAAAUCGCGCGGCGUAAUCCUCCGCCGCCGUCGUCGUGGAAAGGCAAUCUCGAUCGCGCGAACCGAGAAACCGAGGAGCUCCGCGGACAGUCGAGCGGAGGGCUUCAGCUUGCGUCUCCCGGUCUGCAUUUUCCGGUAAUUGAAACGUCGGGCAUGACUUUCCCGCGCGGAACGUCGUCGUCAGUGAGGCCGAUGGCGCGUAAAACCGCGAGGCGAUAGUCGAAGGGGACGCGAACGAACCCGCGAUUUCCAGGAAGUCGCGAAAUCGGCCGUAUGCAUCGAUCGGCCGCCGGGAUCACCCGCGAUCGUUGAAUCGAAGUCAAGGACGCCAAGGUAGUGUCGCUUGAGGGAGGGGGGAGGGGGAAGGGAUCUCCGCAGAGACACAGGUGGGCAGAGAUUCGAGGUGUCCCGCUUACUAUAGGAUUUGUUCGAGAACUCGCGCGUUACACGCGAUAGGAUUCAAAGUGCGGUGCCCCGGCCUCAGUGAGAUGGCCUUCAUGAUGAAGAAGAAAAAGUACAAAUUCUCGGUGGAGGUCGACCUCGAGGAGCUCACGGCGGUGCCAUUUGUCAAUGCCGUGCUUUUCGCCAAGCUGAGGCUCCUGGACGGCGGUUCCUUCGUCGAUCAUUCCACCAGGGAGGAAGUGCAGGAGCACACGGUGAGAUGGAACGCGAAGUUCGAGUUUUUAUGCAAGAUGAGCGCCAACGCGUCCACGGGCGUACUCGAUCCGUGCAUUUUAAGGAUAUCUGUGAGAAAGGAGUUGAAAGGGGGCAGGUCCUUCCAGAAGCUGGGCUUCACCGAUUUAAACCUGGCCGAAUUCGCAGGAGCUGGCCUCUGCCGAACAAGGUGCCUCCUGGAGGGCUACGAUGCGCGACAUCGUCAGGAUAAUUCUAUGUUGCGCGUAGCCAUAAAAAUGAAUAUGCUCUCCGGAGAUAUUCUAUUUAAAGUCCCUUCCCCGUCGUUGAAGCAGCAGUUGACGGUGCCCGGGGUGCAGGGUGUGCCUGGCGUCACCGGUGACGAGGUGACGGCAUCCGAAAGAUGCAGUAAUCGGGAGGAUUAUGUGUCUACCGGUUCGCUGGCGGGAAGUAUAGCAAGCGCCAGCAGUGGUUUCGGCAGUCUUCCCAAGAAGAGGCCCGCGCUCUUCACUUCCGAACUUCUCAGCGGAACGGAGACGUACGAUCCGAUGACGCUCAGCGAAAUCGUACCCUCGGCAGUCCCGGUGGAGGCUCUGGUAGAGGCGCACACGGAAUCCGGGCACUCGCGCAACAGCAGCAAUACCAGCCAGCUUAGCAAGGGGUCCGGCUACGGUUCCUUAAAUUCGCACAGCCAGCACAGCAGACAGAGCAGUAGCGGUGACAGCGGUCACAUUAGCCUCAAGCGAUCUCUUCAUUCUCAAUUUCUUGACCAUAACUACGAGACUCUGGACUCUCUAUCUUUUUUUUACUUUACGUCACCCUCCUGGCCGGUAUGGGCACCACGAAUCCCCAACUCCUCCCAGAACCUGUCCACACAGCCGAUCGCCUGUCGACCCGAUACCGCCUGUAUCGAACCACUGUCAUUGCACCCGUCCUCCUUGUCACACAUGGCCUCCAGAGCUCGGUUCUGGUCGGCAUCGAGCCCUCUCUCCUCGCGUACUGGCCCGACAGAUGUGGAAGACCCGAUGAAAAUCGACAUUAUCGCGUCCGUCGCGAAGAACGUUUAUUCGAUCGGAAAGCAGCAGCAGCAGCAGCAGCAGCCGCUUUGCAGAAUCGGAAACGGUUUCUUGAACGACAGCGAUUCGCGCGAUUGUCCCGAUGACGCGAACGCGAACGCCCGAGUGGCGCCCGGUAUCUUCAGGGUGCCGGACGUGCCGCGGCACUCGCGCAAGAAUUACGAGAGGAACAGCUUCGAGGCGCGCAACGAACGUAACGCGAUAAUGAGCUCGAUCGCCAUGGAGGGUAACGGCCAGCCGGGUAGCUUCCCGAUCGCGAAGCCGAGAAUUAGCGCCGCGGGCUGGCGCGGCAUGUCGAAGACCUGUGACUGCAUCGAGAAGGGCAAGACGAGCCCGGUGUUGCGACUGGUCGAUCAGGCCAGAGCCGUGUCCUCCCCCGAUCCUCUCCAUAGGCCCGACAAUCAAAGAGCCCCGCUACGUCCCACGACGACAGCUCAGACCCUCAGAAAUCCUUCCAGCGGUUCGGGUCUCAGUGAAACUGGAUCCCUGGACCGUGCUAAGGCUGCGUUGGAGCGUAGAAAAAAAGCGGAGGACGGUGCCGGUAAUCCUAUCCUCUGUAGAGUUGAAGUCACCAGGCCGAAUCCCGAUUCUCUUAUCGACGAGCUGCUUAAGGCAACGAAUUUGGAGCAGACCGAUCUUGAAAGUUCCGAGACAACUGGUCUUCAACUCUUCAUCGCGAAAGACGGCACGACCGCGCUUGGUAGUCACGAGGUGAAGAGCCAGAUGCCCGCCGGUGUGUUCAAGCAAGUGGUGAUGGAGGAGAACAACAGGUAACACGAAGCCAUCACCACGAGACGGCAGUAUGCAAGACAGGCCAGCGCCACGUUCUCGUUGGCACUGGUGCCAGAGCUCGUCUACGAAGCCUACGAGCCGCGGUAGUCACAAGAGAUGACGACAACGACGGACGAGGGAAUCGUCGACUCGGGAGGAGCAGCCAAACGCGGCGCGAAACGUCCGCACAUCCUCACUAGAUCGUACUAGACUGUACCUCUCUCCUCCGUGUAAAAAGAACGUGCCUCGACGAUCAGUCGAACUGAUAUCCGUCGAAGUAGUACGUUCGAGUCGAUUACUUCGUGUGAAAUCCAUUGUACGGAUUCGCAGGACCGAGGCUGAUACUGAUCAUCUCAUCUCAUAAGUGCGCAUUGAAACGUGAAUAAUCGGACAGCCGUGUGCAGCUCGCGAGAUUGUCGGUCGCGUCUUCGACACGCGGCUGACCGAGACAAUUCUCUCACACGUGGGUUUUUGCAUUUUCCAAAAUCUCGUGCAGCGAACGAAAUCCAUGUGCCAGCGUUGCCACUUCACGACGCUGUAGUCGCAGCUGCGUGCACAAUUUACGAACGAUGUCAGGUUAAAAAAAAAAAAAAAUGAGAAAAAUGUUCACACGUUUUCGAAAUCAUUUCAAAAAGACAAAUAUACAUAUUUUCUUCCUGGUAAACGAAGCACAAUGAUUCCCGUCAAGCGUGCUUCGCUUGAAAGGGAAGGGUUAGUCAAUAAAGUUUAACCGAGAGGGAGUACAGAGCGUAGCGCGAAGGAGUAUAGUUACAGAAAAAUAACGACACGGCGAAACACGGUCAAGGUCCGACGAAACUUCGCAAUGGGAAGUAACAUCGAGCAAAACUUAAGCGCCAACUUUAUUUAUCUACCUAUAGCAAUAUAUGACGACGACGUAAGCUUGCGCGGACGUACACUGUGAAGCGGCUCGCGGAAGUCGGUGUGAAAAGAAAUAUCAAAUUGAGACGUUGUAUAUCGUGAUUAUAUCUUUUGUAUAAAAAGUAUUCUUGACAGCAUUUCUGACAAUAUUAGCCGAAACGACGAAUAUUUCCCGGUGGAUGGCUCGAAGUGAAUUUCCAGGAGAGGCAUCCCGGGAAAUUACAUUCUGCCGAUAUCUCGCUUUUAAAUUGUAGUUUUCUUCUGCGUAUUAACAAUUUACUUUUGCUUUAUAUUGUAUGCAUAUAUAUUUUUCUACCGAUUAUUUUUUGUUGCGUUCUUUCCUCGAUUACAAAAUCUUUAUAUGUAAUUAAUGUAAAAAUGCGUUUAAAUAAUAUGCUAGAGGUGAGAUCAGUUGAAAUUAAUCGGUCAGUUGAACGGAGAGAGAGAGAGAGAGAGAGAGAGAGAGAGAGAGAGAAAUUUAUAAUUAUAAAUAUAUUGCUGAAUGCGUUUGUAAAAAUAUAAGAGCGUAGUUCUAUAAUUUAUAUAAAUAUUGUUUUCAAGUAGCUUUCCCUUGAAAACGGCAUAGUUUUGAUACUUGUUUUGACACUAUUACUGAGCAAUUCCGAUUCUUGAAUUCUGUAAUACUUCUAAACUAGCCGAUUCACUUCUUUUUUUUUAAAUGGAAAUAAAGUUGAAGAUAUUUCUGUAUAAAA